UGUCAGUCAUUUGGGGAAUGUCAUAAUCAGAAGGGUUUGCUGAAGGCUCUUAUUCUACGAGUCAUUUAAGAUUUCACAGUAUGUCACAUGCUCUAUUGUCGUCACAUUCUCAACAUGUGCUGUCCUUCAGAUUGAGGAACUUAACAUGCAGAAACAAGGCAGCUGAAAUACAUGCUCUCUGAGUGUAAGACAUAUAGCAGGGAACAAAAAGGGAGUAAUGAGUCAAAUAAACUUGAAGGAUCUCUGUACGAGCAUGAGGCGUCUCUUCUGGUGUAUCUUCAGCAGGGCAGCUCUGAUCAUGCUGAUGUUACUGUGUAUCAGAGAGUGUAAUCCAAUGCCAGACCCCCAUCAAAGGGAUCUGAUGCUGAAGCAGGAGAUCUCCCAGCAAGUAGGGGGCAGUGUGGAGCUCACAACGGCUGAACUGCAGUUGGAUUCAAUCCUACACCAGCUAAAGCUGAAGGAAAUGGUUUAUUCACCUUUCCCACCUGCCAAUCACUUCUUCAAAGUGCGGCACAUCGUGCAAAAAAGCCCUGUCUUCAAGCUACUACAGAAAAUGCCAAAGGGUGCUGUCCUUCACAUCCACAGCUCCGCUAUGGUGAGUGUGGAAUGGCUGGUGCUGAAUGCGACAUACAGGCCUCAUUGUUACAUCUGCUUCACGUGGGACGGGUCACUGAAGUUCCUUUUCUCUACUUUUAUGCCCUUUCCACGUUUUGGAUGCUUUGUCUGGAAACGGCUAGACCUGCUGAGGGCCAGCCUCAGUGAUGUCACUGCCUUUGAUAACAGUUUAAUGCGGAAUCUUACACUCUUCACGGAAGACCCGGAGACGUCUUAUCCAACACAAGAUGCAGCAUGGGACAGGUUCGAGAAGAUUUUUAUGGCUCUGUCUGGGCUGAUCAACUAUGCACCUGUUUUUAAGGACUACAUUUACGAGGCUCUGACGGAGCUUUACAAAGAUAACAUCAUGUACGUGGAGAUGAGGGUCGGACAGUCCAAGGUGUAUGAACUGGAUGGCACUACUCAUGACAGAGCGUGGUCUCUGGAGGUCUACAGAAACAUCACUGAGCUGUUCAGAGCAAAUCAUUCAGACUUCAUAGGAACUCGUAUAAUCUUCACCGUCCACAGGAAUCUUUAUGUAUAUCAAGUGAAGGGGGCAGUGCAAGAGGCCAUUGAAAUGCAGCGAAAAUAUCCAGACAUCGUCGCUGGAUUUGACCUGGUAGGUCGUGAAGACACUGGAAGAUCUAUCUGGUACUUUCGAGAAGCCUUGUCACUCAUUUCAGAGAUGGAAACACAACUACCUUUCUUUUUCCAUGCUGGAGAAACAGAUUUGGAUGGUACGGAUGUGGACAGGAACGUUUUAGACGCUUUGUUGUUUAACACCAGCCGCAUUGGACAUGGCUUUGCGCUGGUACAUCAUCCUUUGGCCAAGCAGCUCUCCAGGACGAGAGGGGUGGCAGUGGAGUUGUGUCCCAUUUCCAACCAGGUGCUAAAGCUAGUCUCGGAUCUGCGAAACCACCCCGCUGCGGCACUAAUGUCAGACGGUCAUCCCAUAGUGGUGAGUUCUGAUGAUCCCACCUUAUUCGGGACCACUGGGCUCUCCUAUGAUUUCUACCAGGCCUUUGUGGGUAUUGGAGGACUGAGCGCAAACCUGGGCACUCUGAAGGAGCUUGCGAUGAAUUCAAUCAGGUACAGUUCCUUGUCACCACAACUACAGGACAAAGCUUUGACGAUAUGGCAGGAAAAGUGGAAUAAGUUCGUAGCAGAUAAUUCAUAACCAUGACAAACAGAAGAGGACUAUUUUUUUUUUACUAUUACCGAGCUAACAGGAAAAGUUUUCAAUCCUUUGGCUAACAUUCUGGCAAGCUUCUCACAAACCGAUGAACAAACGUUCUUCCAGUAAUGUUAAUAGAACGUUCGUUCAAAGUUCUCUGGUCUUUAAUCAUUUUCUCAAAACGUGACCAAAAAAACAUUUAUACAUCGUUUUAGGG